AUGUCUUAUCUUGAAGCUUUUCCAACAUGUACAAAGGUGAAAAGAUGUGUACAGUCAGUCUGCUCAGAAACAUUCGAAAAAGAUUUGAAAUAUCCCCGCCUGUUGGAUAAAUCGAGAAAUAAUAUAAUCCAUACUCCAUCAUUAUGCGAUGUUAGUUACAGUUCAACAAACCGUUUAAAUGAAUUUGAAAAUGCCAACAAUCCUUCAUGUAGUCAUGAUCGACUUGCUCAGUUAUCCGCUUUAAUUGAUCAAUGUUCACAUGGCGAAUUGUUGCAUAUAAAAAAAACUAUAAAACCAUUGUUGAAACGAGAUUUUAUUGCAUAUUUACCUGUUGAAAUUUCUUUACAUAUCUUACAAUAUUUAUCACCUCGAGACAUAUUUCAUUGUGCCCAAGUUUCCAAAACUUGGCAACUUGUUUGUGAUGAUAAUUUGCUUUGGUAUCGUUUGUGUGUAGGUGCUGGAUUGUUUAACACAUUAUUCAAAAAAUCUACAAUGAACUUAUAUUCAGGUACCCAUCUGGAUUGUCUUUUAUGUGUAAAUAAACCUACAAAUUCACUUUGUAAUGAGACAAAAUCCCUUUUUGAAAGCUCUAUCAUCAAUAAUAGUAAUAUCACUGAUGAUGGCGACAAUUUUAAAGUACAUGAUUGUGAUGUGUCCAUGAAAAGUGAUCAUAUUCAAUCUUUUGACACUGAUAGUGAAUCAACUUUUGCAUUAUCUUAUUCUGGUAAUCCUUCAAAUUCUUUUAAUUUGAAUGAGGUCAAUUGGAAGUCUUUAUAUCGUCAAGAUUUACAUACUCAGUGCAAUUGGAGAAAUGGUGGACCAUGGCAUCCUAUCAUUGUGCCGGCUCAUCAUAAUCAUGUCAUCACUUGUUUAGAAGUAUAUGAAGAAUGGGUAAUCACUGGGUCAGAUGAUUCAAGUAUCUGUAUAUGGGAUAUUAAUACUGGACAGUGUUUAAUUAAUUUAUUCGGUCACCUUGGUGGUGUUUGGUCAAUGACUGUUAUACCACGUCAAUUGUUAUUUCUGUCAGAGCAAAAACAAUUAUCUCAGCAUCCUUUACUUAUAUCUGGUAGUUGUGAUCGAACAGCUCGUGUAUGGCAAUUAGAUGGUCAACAUUGGCCUUGUGUAGCCACGUUGUUUGGUCAUCAAUCAACUGUUCGAUGUUUAGCUAGUCAAAAGUUACAUUCUAGUCCAAAAUUUGUUGUUACCAAUUCGAACAGUUAUCAUCGUUCCACAGUUGUAUAUACUAAUGAUAAUAGUAAUAGUAUUGGUGAUAAUACUUCUAAUUCUACUAUUAAUAAUGGUAAUGACGAUGAUGGUGCCAACAGUAGUAGCAGUGACGGUAGUAGUAAAUUGUUUCAUCCAAUUCUAUCAAACAAUGAGUCUAUUUCGACGUUUAAAAUGGAGAAACAACAGCAAACUUUUCAAACUGGUCACUUAGUUGUUACAGGUAGUCGUGAUACAACUUUACGUCUAUGGAAUGUAUUAACUGGUGAAUGUAUACAAGAAUUCCGAGGUCAUCGUGGAGCAAUACGUUGUGUUCAGUUUACUGGUGAUCAAAUUGUUUCAGGUAGCUAUGAUUGUACAAUUCGUUUAUGGUGUGCAUUACAAGGUCAUUGUCUACGUGUUUUCAGUGCACAUACAAAUCGUGUUUACACAUUAUUAUUUGAUGGUUAUCAUAUUAUCAGUGGUUCAUUGGAUACGACUAUACGUAUAUGGAAUGCACAUACUGGUGAAUUGAAACAAACUUUCUAUGGUCAUCGUUCAUUAACAAGUGAAUUAGCAUUUGGGUCUGAACAAAAUAUUCUUGUGUCAAGUAAUGCCGAUGAAACAAUACGAGUUUGGCAUAUGAAUAGUGGAAAGUGUGUACAUGUUCUUGCUGGACCUCAUAAACACCAAUCAGCUGUUACAUGUGUUCAAUUAACUCGUAAUUUUAUAAUAUCAUCUGGUGAUGACGGUACAGUGAAAUUAUGGGAUAAGCAGUCUGGUGCGUAUAUUCGAGAUCUUUUACGCCUUGAUGGAGCUGGACGAGGCGGUGUUAUCUGGCGUAUAGUUGCUUCUGAAGAACGUUUAAUAUGUGCUGCUGGAAGUCGAAUUGGUAUGGAACCGACAAAAUUAGUUAUUCUACAGUUUCAAGAACCAAAUCUUUGUUCAAAACACUCGAACACUAAUAAUAGUAGUAAUAAAAUAUCUCAUAUCUGUCGGCCUAGACAUAAAUAUGCUCCAGAACCGAGACUUAGUCAACUAAUAUGCACCAAUUUCAGUACAAUCUAG